CACACCUUGCCCGCCCUCACAGGCCCUAUGUUUCUAUUUCUGUUAGUACCACUCCUCACAUUCACAACAUCUCGAUCAUCCGCAUCCGACACGGACUCAGCUCUGAUCUGCACUCUGCCUUGAUUUCUCUUAAUCAGCUGUUAUCCUGGUUAUCAGUACAAUUUAUUCGGCUGACAAUUUCCAUUUGCGAUAUAUCCUGUUUGAUAAUGUCAAGACUAGAAGGAUGGUCAGAAGGAUGGGCAGCGGGCAGGACUUCAUUUCACCGGACAUUUGUUGACAAGUCACUGCUGGAGUUCCAGAGCAAACUUUUGGUGAAGAAGCCUAGUCGAGUGUUGGUGCCAUUGUGCGGUAAAACAUUGGACAUGAAAUGGCUUGCUGAUGAAGGUCAUGAGGUAGUCGGCGUAGAGGGGGUGCUCCAGGCUGUCAUGGAAUUCUUUCAAGAACAAGAGCUCCCAUACAAAGAGAGUGAUGUCCCUGGGCUCAAGGGUGCAAAACUUUUUGAGAAUGAGGACAAGAAGAUCAAAAUAUACCUGUGUGACUUCUUCCAAUUCUCUAAAGAUAUUGCAGGUCAGUUUGAUGCCAUUUGGGACAGAGGUGCUCUUGUUGCUAUUGAUCCCUCAUUGCGAAAACAGUACACAGACGUCCUUCUGUCGGUACUAUCUCCAGGUGGACGAAUUCUUAAUGAGGUGUUUGAGUACAACCCAGAAGAAAGGGAACCAAAAGGUCCUCCUGAAUCUGUACCUGAGGAAGAUAUACAGAAGUUUUUUGGAGAGAAGUUUACCACAGAGGUGCUACAUGACUAUGAUCACUUGGAAGGGAAUGUAAAAUACAGAGAGCGUGGACUAACAUGGAUGAGACAAAAGAUUCGCUUUAUGGUCCUCAAGUAGCUCCGUCAUUGUGUUCCAAGACUGUCUUCGGAUCUCAGACUACCUGAAGCCCAAAAUUAGACACAGGAUUUUCUAUCGGACAUGAAUAUAGCAACAAUCUCAAUUUUGUAUUAGUUACCAAUUUCCAUUUUUUCUUUCUUCUCAUCCAUAUUUUUCUGGCCUUCCAUUGCUACUGCUUCCAUCUCAAAUUGCAGGAGAGCGAUUUUCCAUCCAGCUUUUGGUAAAUGUUGAUAUCUUGGAGGAUGUCCCGUAUUUCAAAGAUGUCGGGCUAACAUGGAUAAAGCAAAAGAUUCGCAUCAUGACCCCCCAGUA